AAUAAAAUUUAGCUCAUAGACUCGAUAGGCAAACAUUGGGAACAAAAUGGGUCACACUGAAGAGCUCAGUAACUUUAAGCAUGGCAUUGUCCUAAGAUCAGAUAAGAUCUGUCAGUUUGUGAAAUUUGUGUCCAGCAACCGUAAGUGCUAUCACUGUGAAGUGGAGACGAAGUAAACUCAGAGAGCGGGGCCGCCGAGGGCUGAAGCACGUAGCACAUGUCCUCUGUUGAAACACUCACUAUAGAGUUCCAAAGUGCCUCUGGAAGUGACAUUAGCAAAAGAACUGUGCCUUGGCAGCUUCAUAAAAUGGGUUUCAGUAGCUGAGCAACUACAAACAAGCCUAAGAUCAAAAUGCGCAAGUCCAAGCGUCAGGGGUGAGUGGUCUAAAGCACGGCACUACUGGAUUCUGGAAAUGUGUUCUCUGGAGUGAUGAAUUUUGCUUCACCAUCUGGCAGUCUGAUGGACAAAUCUGGGUUUGUCAGAUGCCAGGAGAACAGUACCUACCAAAACGCACAGUGCAAACAGUAAGGUUUGGUGGAUGAGGGAUAAUGGUCUGGGGCUGUUUUUGAGGGUAUAGACUCGACCCCUUAGGCUUUGUGGCAGCAGUUUGGGAAACACAGAGCCCUGACCUCCAACUUGGAAUGGAAUAUGUAGGUGUUAACAAACCUCUGGCAAUGUAGUGUAUGUAAAACUGCAAUUUCUCUGUAUGUGUGUGUGUGUUAAAGAGAAAGAGAGUGAAAGAGAGAGUAGUGGAGAAUGCUGGCGGCAAAUCCUCAGUGACUUUUGUUCUGAUUUACCUACGUGUCAGAUUUGUUUGUCUGUGUACUUUGCCCCUGAUCGACGGGUCAGUGUCCAGAAUUCUCUUACAACUGAUUUUUCUCGUUAUCUAUCUACCUAUAUCAGUGUAAAAUAAAAUACAUAUGCUAUUUUGUCUUUGUGUGAGGACAAAUAUCACUGAUUAGUGGCAACACCACAGGAAAGAAAAAACUUUUAAUUUUACCCGUUGAUUUGCUAUGUUUUUGGCUCUACGCUUCCACUUUAAACUGCAUAAGAUUUCAACACAAUACCCAAACUUGCUCCGUACUUUUACACCCCUGCUAAUCAGAGCACUUGAGACCAGUAACAGUAGUCACAGCAGUGCUCAUAACCUGAAGUAGUUUACAGUCAGGAAAUAAAAUGCCAUUUGUACAGAAAACCAACUGGUAUGGGCAGUUUCACAAGGCAGGUGAGGCACUCAGAGGCGGGAGUGAGACAGAGGGAGGGGAAAAAACCCUGGUUACCAGGUAGGAGACAGAAAAGCAUUAGAAUGAACGAGAAAGAGCAAGCUCAAUAAGUGAUAAGGAAGGGAACCAAAUUCAUAACAUGAGAAGCCGAAAAGGAGACCGAGGGAAGCAGGACACUGAAAAAACAACAACAGAGAUGACUGAAGGAAGACAGGCAAUCCACACUAGCUCUGUGCUUCAGUCUAUGCUGAACAGACUCAAGUCUAAUGAGAAGGUCAAGCCUCCCGGCCUAAACACGUCUAAAUGGUAUAUCCACCCAAAGGACACAGAUCAGAGCACGUGUGAAGUUACUGUGGACAAACUGGAAUCAGAUUUUCCAAGGAGAGAUUGUUCAGAGACCACAAACGAUCCUCAAAGUUUAGAGAGCACAGUCAGGAAUGCUGCUGAUGAAGAAAUUACAAGAAAUGACACACUAGGAACUGACUGUCAAGAGUCUAGAUCUUCUCCAAGCGUAUUGCCCGAAUACGAGAGAAGGAAAUACACAUCUAAUCAUUUGCACGAUCUGAUGAAGGAGGAACAAGAUCCAGAGACCAAUAAAGGUCAGCUUGAGCGGGAAAAUGUGAGGGCGGAGCCUGGGCCGGAGGAGGAAACUUCUGGAGCGGAAUCACAUUUCAAUAGUGUGAAGGACAGUCUGACUCAGGAACUGUCAUUAAGCCAUGGCCCCAAACAGCUCUCCCUUCCUUUCCUAGGCCCAAGUGUUACCAAAGGAAAAACAGUGUCAAUGACAGAACCUGGACCAACCCCCUCAACACCACCCCUAUCCAAUGAAUGCCACCUUAGCUUUGAAAGGGAUGGAAAACCUAAGACUCAAGAACCUUCAGUCAAGGACAAACACGUGGCUGAACAAGGUCUGGACUCAUGCAAGACCUUUGAGAAUCCAAUCAGUAGGCCAGCACGAUCUGUUUCUGAUCCAAUAAGGAGUGAAAUGAGAAGUGAUAGAUAUCUCUCAGUUCCAAACAGCUGCUCUAUGGCAGAUAUGGACAAAGCUGACAUGCAUUUUGCCCAAGCAAAUCAAAUUCCAAAACAGACAGCCAUGCUAAAGGCAGAUAUACUAGAGCCAGUGGACUAUGAUGGCUCUAAAACGCAAAAGAAGGUGAAGACGGAGAACAUCAUUCAAAAAUUAGCGGCAAGGUUGAAAGAGAAAAACAGUCAGGAGCAAAAUAGUAGCAGUAGGACCAACCACGAUGAUGAAGAGGAGGCACGAUCUGUUACUUCUAUGGAACAAGCAGAGCCACCAGUGAAGUUUCAGCCUAGCCCACCACUCUCCCCAAAAGAGGAGAACUCCACUGCAGUGCAUGUCAGACUACAAAGGACUUUUACGCUUCGAGACUUCACGCUCAACCUGGAGCCCAUCAACUUACUGGAGGAGGUCCUUACAGGAGAAGAAUGGGCAAGGUUCCUGUCUGCCAAAGAAAGCCCACCACAAGCUGAAACCAAUGCCCAAUUACAGACAGAGAGCUCUGGUCAAUCAGAUGAUGUCCAGUCUCACGGUUUGGUCAUAAAGCAGAAACUAUCAACAAAGAAAGAUGAAAGUCAUUCAGACGUAGAUGAGAUUAGUGUUAGUGACAUCCCUUUAGAUAAGGGCAGCCAGUCACGUCAAAGACAAGACAAGCCACACUCAGUCAUUUUUGCUGUACCAAAGGCGCUAAUAACUAAUGCUGCAGUAAAACAAAGAAGAUCCGAAGUACCACAAUAUGAACCCUCCAAUGACGAUGAUGUUUAUGACUUUGUGGAGGUGUAUAUGCUUCCAAAGGAGGAGCCAUUAAACAAGUCAAAGGCAAAGGAUCUACCACUUGAUGUGUCUGCAGUUAAGUCAUUGGGAGUCUUAGACAAUUCUGCACUUAAAAGUCGAAUCCACUUGAACAAAAAGAGGAUGCAUCGACCACCAAAAAAGAGGAAAAAGGAGAAGCCAGAAGAGUUUUCCAAAUUCUAUACAUCCUGCACACCUGUGGACCUUCCGCACCACUUCCGUGCCUCUACAACCUCAUCCUCCAUUCAGUCGUUCACCACUUCAACUUCUUCUGCCAUUGCCUCUUCUGUAUUUUACACUAAUUUCACAAAUCGGACACCAUCCUGUGACUCUGAAGCUCCAAUAGCAUCUACGCCUGCUGAUGAGAAGCAAAAAGCCAAAGAAAAGGUCUUGAAACCAAAGCUGUGGAGGCUGAAGACUUAAUAAAUUAAUUUAGACAGGAACCUGAGAUGCGGAAAGGAAGUUCAUCAAAAGUUGCUUUAUAAAUAUGAAUAUACAUAGAAUACUGUCCAAUGACUCAAACUGUACACAAACUGACUCUGUGACUAAAUGCAUCAUGUCCACCAAAAGAUCAGACAUGCCUCAUAAGACUGCUAAAUAAACAACUACAAUAUACACACCUACAGCUGAAAGCAAUAAAUGGAUUCAGUUCAGUAAUUCUAA